GUCAGGAACCGCAAGGGAAGUCCGAGACCACUCUGCUUGUCACUGGCGGUCUCCUCGAUUUCAGAAUUUAAUCAAUUGGUUGUUCCCCAAAGCGCUUACCUCUCCUUCAAUUGAUUUGAAGGAUUUCUCUUACAUUCCUUACGGCUAUCGUGGCCUUCCCGCAUGGUCGCUGAGCGAUCGAGGAGAUGCCUGCCAAAUCGCGAUUCACGAGGCUUGAUGCUUUCGCCAAGACGGUUGAGGAUGCUCGCAUCCGUACCACCUCCGGCGGAAUUAUCACUAUAGCCUCACUGCUGGCUAUUUUAUGGCUUGUGUGGGGAGAAUGGGUGGAUUACAGGCGGGUGGUGGUACUCCCUGAGCUGGUAGUCGAUAAGUCGAGAGGAGAAAAAAUGGAGAUCCAUUUGAACAUGACCUUCCCACGGCUCCCGUGCGAGCUUCUUACCCUCGAUGUGAUGGAUGUCUCUGGUGAGCAACAGACCGGCGUAGUGCAUGGUAUCAAUAAGGUGCGCCUGAGUUCUCCUGCAGAGGGCGGCCACGUCAUUGAUGUCAAAGCUCUGGAACUUCACUCGGAGCAAGAAGCGGCGAAACAUCUGGACCCUAACUACUGCGGCGACUGCGGUGGAGUCCCGCAGCCUAACGGUGAGAAGCGAUGCUGUAACACCUGUGAAGAGGUGCGAGAGGCCUAUGCACAACAACAAUGGGCAUUCGGAAAGGGUGAAAACAUUGAACAAUGUGAACGCGAGGGCUAUGCGCAACGUCUGGAUGCCCAACGCCGUGAGGGUUGCCGUCUUGAAGGUGUCCUCCGCGUGAACAAGGUGGUCGGAAACUUCCACAUCGCACCGGGCCGGAGUUUCACGAGUGGAAAUGUCCAUGUGCAUGAUCUUGAGAACUACUUCGAGGGCGACCUUGCCGACGCCGAGAAACACACUAUGACCCAUAUCAUCCACCAGCUUCGGUUUGGUCCCCAGCUGCCAGAUGAGCUGUCGGAUCGCUGGCAGUGGACCGACCAUCACCACACCAACCCGCUCGACAGCACCCAGCAGGAAACUAGCGAUCCCGCAUAUAAUUUUAUGUAUUUCGUCAAGGUCGUUUCGACUUCCUAUUUGCCGCUGGGCUGGGAUCCAUUGUUUUCCUCGGCCGUCCACAGCGCCUACGAGGAUUCUCCGCUGGGUACCCAUGGUAUUGCAUAUGGCUCUCAGAGCAGCAUCGAAACACACCAGUACUCGGUGACCUCCCACAAGCGAUCUCUGAGGGGCGGCGACGCUUCCGACGAAGGCCACAAGGAGCGUCUGCAUGCUGCAAAUGGCAUCCCUGGUGUUUUCUUCAACUACGAUAUCUCCCCCAUGAAGGUCAUUAACAAGGAGGCACGGCCCAAGACUUUUACUGGGUUCCUAACCGGUGUCUGUGCAAUCAUCGGCGGUACUCUUACUGUCGCAGCUGCCCUAGACCGUGGUCUAUACGAGGGUGCUCUGAGGGUUAAGAAGCUCCAUUCAAGUUAAGUGCGAGAGUCCACAGCAAGGCUGGACCUUCUCGAACUGCGAAGGAAAUAAAAAGAAAAAAAAAAGGAUUUGAUACAUACCUCUAUAGAAGCUAUAAGAGCAUUGACGCUUGGAGCAGAGAGCGCGAGAACAGGGGGUGGUUUUGAGGGGGAAAUUUUGACAGUCAAGGCGUUUGGGUACAUGUGCAUAUUGUGAUA